AGAGCGGACGCAGAUUUGUUUAUGCGGUGUCGGAAAUGCGAAAAAAUAUUUAAAUGGAUAUGGAAACGCAAGUUAUAGACACCGUCAACGAGUUUUUGAAGGUGGACUCGAUUGACGAGGCGUUCGUGAGCGUCAUUGUUUUUAAACCAAAUGGCGAGCAGGAGCGUGCCACCAGCUUUGCCAAUGAUUUGGUUACCGCAUUCGGAAACGUGGCGCAGGAGAACCGAGACCAGGUGCUGCGGCUUUAUCUGGUGCGAGCGGCCGGCGCCUCCGGCUAUCACAUAAAAGUGCUGAUGUCGGCACUGGUCAAACUGGUGGACGCGCAUGUGAUCACCGCCAGGAUGCUGUGCGACAAGGUGCUGAUGUGUGAGAAACUGGACUUCGAGCACAGGACCUUCUGGAUCGAGAGCUUCCGACUUAUUAAGCGUGUGAUUGCCCAGGUUGAUUAUAAGGGCGUUCGCGAAAUUAUGAAGGUUUGCCGCGACAAGGCCCAAUGGUUUCCGUUGAACGUAAACGUGACCUACAUGCCACAACUUCUGGCCGUCGAGGAUAUCCUGCGCUUCAUUUUUGAUCGCAACAAUUGUCUACUGCCCGCCUAUUUCAUUGCCAACGAGAUUAUGCGUCCGUUUCCAUACCACUGGAAGCUAAACCGGCUAAUGACCGAUUUUGUAGAGGAGUUUCGCACAACGGCACAAAUGGUCUCGAUAAUUGGACAUGCCAGUAUGCUGCCUAUUGUGGAACACUUCGGCUAUGCCGACCACAUGAUGAACUCUUGGCGGCUGGACCACAACACCCUGAAGUUUAACUUUAAGGGUAGCCUACCAUAUGAGCCAGAACUUUUGGAGGAGCAAAAACCCCUGCUUCGCUAUGUUUUGGAGCAGCCGUACUCGCGAGAGAUGGUUUCGCAAAUGUUGAACCUGCAGAAACACCAGAAGCAGCGCUACAAUGCCUUGGAGGAGCAGCUUGUUAACUUGAUCGUCCAUGCCAUGGAAAUGACUGAAACGAAUGACGCCACUGCGGGCAGUGGCUUCAAUUCCUCAGACGAGCAGAUCACUCCUUACGAGUGGGUUUGGCUGCAUCUCUCUUCACAACUCAUCUAUUUUGUACUCUUCCAGUUUGUGAGCUUCAUGCACAUUGUUUUAGCGCUUCACGAAAAGCUUUCGAAAUUGGAACUCCGGAAGGGUCGUGACCAGCUAAUGUGGAUUCUCUUGCAGUUCAUCUCUGGCAGCAUUCAAAAGAAUCCUAUUACCAAUUUCCUGCCUGUGUUUAGAUUGUUUGAUCUCCUCUAUCCCGAACUGGAGCCGCUUAAGCUGCCGGACAUCAACAAAUCCUCGACUGUUCGCCAUAUGGCGCCCAUUUGUGUGUGGAUCCACCUAAUGAAGAAGGCGCGAGUAGAGAAUAUGAACAUUACUCGACCGCUGCCCAUUGCGCUAAAAAAUCACUACGACUUUCUGCAGCACCUCGUUACGCCCAACACCUUGAUGAACAUGACUCUGGGCAACGACUUCCGCAUCAUUCUCAUCUGCAAUGCAUACUCCACGAAUCAGGAGUAUUUCGGCCGACCAAUGGGCCUGUUGGUGGAUGCACUCAAUGGCAAUUCAAAAUCACCGAAUGGUGCUCAAAUACCAGCCGUGACUUUCUCCGUCACAGUGUUAGACAGCCUGACGGUGCACAGCAAAAUGUCCCUAAUUCACGGCUUCGUCACUCAGAUGUUGAAGCAGGCUCAAACGAAAGGACAAGUUCCAGCGGCAGCGCUACUGGAAACCUAUGCCAGACUUUUGGUUUACACAGAAAUCGAGUCACUGGGCAUCAAGGGAUUCCUAAGUCAACUGAUGCCAACUGUUUUUAAAAACCAUGCCUGGGCCAUGCUACACACCCUAAUGGAGAUGUUUUCAUACAGGUUGCACCAUGUGCCUACCCACUACCGCGUUCAACUAUUGUCGUUGCUCCAUUCUCUGUCUUCCGUUCCGCAAACAAACAAGAUGCAGUUAAAUCUUUGCUUUGAAUCGACUGCUCUCCGCUUGAUUACCAGUAUCGGAUCUGCUGAGUUUCAACCUCAGUUUUCCCGCUAUUUUAACGAAAAAUCUCCCGGAGCUGUGGCUUCAAAUGAAAGCGAGGAGCUAAACCGCGUUCUCAUUCUUACAUUAGCACGCUCCAUGCACGUGCACGGCGGAGGCGAUGAAAUGCAGGGCUGGUGCAAGGACUUCCUUUCAAACAUUAUGCAGCACACGCCACAUUCGUGGCCCAUGCACUCUUUGGCAUGCUUUCCUCCCGCCCUAAAUGAGUACUUUACGCAAAACAACCAACCGCCAGAGAACAAGCAGCAAUUGAAAAAGGCCGUGGAAGAAGAGUACCGAACCUGGACUUCGAUGACGAAUGAAAACGAUAUCAUUGCACACUUCCUGCGGCCAACUACGAAUCCUCUGUUCUUGUGCCUGUUGUUCAAGAUUAUUUGGGAGACCGAGAACAUAAGCCCAGUGGCUUACAAAAUCUUGGAGGGCAUUAGUGCGAGAGCCCUAUCUACUCAUCUUCGCAAAUUUUGCGACUUUUUGGUGGCCGAAGUGGCCAGCUCCUCGGAUGGCCGUGAGUUUAUACACAAAUGCGUGGACACGAUCAACAACAUGAUCUGGAAGUUCAACGUGGUGACUAUCGAUAGGGUUGUGCUUUGUCUGGCUUUGCGAACACACGAGGGCAACGAGGCUCAAGUCUGUUUUCUCAUUAUCCAACUGCUUAUGCUCAAAGCCAGCGAGCUCAGAAAUCGUGUUCAGGAGUUCUGCAAGGACAACAAUCCUGAUCAUUGGAAGCAAAGCAAUUGGCAGGACAAACAUCUCUCGUUCCAUCAAAAAUAUCCGGAAAAGUUCGCCCUGGACGAGUCUGCUUCUCAAAUUCCGCUUCCUGUUUACUUCAGCAAUGUUUGUUUGCGAUUCCUGCCCGUUUUGGAUGUGGUGGUUCACAGAUUUAUUGAGCUAACCAUUACGAAUGUUCACCAAAUCCUGGGCUUCAUUUUGGAUCAUUUGAGCGUACUCUACAAGUUUCAUGAUCGACCUAUUACUUAUCUCUACAACACACUGCAUUAUUAUGAGCGAAUUCUACGAGAUCGGCCAGCGCUGAAGAAAAAACUGGUGGGCGCUAUAACUAGCGCCUUUAGUGAGAUUCGGCCGCCAAACUGGAGUCUAAGUGAGCCCUACAAGGUGUUCCUGCAAAACCAGGAUUCACUGUGGACCCCUGAAUUGAGUUACUAUAUGAGCUUGAUUAGGCGCCUAGCAGACACGAUUAGCGGAAAGAAUGUAUUUUAUUCCACGGACUGGCGUUUUAAUGAGUUCCCCAAUGCGCCAACCCAUGCUCUCUAUGUGACCUGCGUGGAGCUGUUGGGAUUGCCGGUGGCACCGACUGUGGUGGCCAAUAAUCUCAUUGAUGUGAUAGUAACCGGUUAUGCAGUCAUUCCGCAGAAGGAUAUCCACAGCUAUAUCAAUGCCGUGGGCAUUGUUUUGGCCGCUUUGCCAGAACCCUACUGGAGUGGCAUCUACGAUCGCUUACAGGAUAUGCUCAACACACCGAAUAUGCUUAAUUGGACGUACCGAUUCAAUGCCUUCGAGUUGUUCAAUUUUAAGACUGUUCGCGAGGCGAUGUUGGAGAAAACUUACGCCGUGGUUUUAGCAGUUGCUCACUCGGUGUUUCAUCACAUGGGUGCCUUCAAGUUGGCGGCGAUGACCAGAUAUAUCAAGGACAAGUUAAAGCCCUGCGUGCGAACCGAGCAGCAAUUGCUGUACCUGUGUCACGUUUUCGGACCUUUCCUGCAACGAAUCGAACUGGAAAAACCCAACGCCGUUGCUGGUAUUGCCGUUUUGCUUUAUGAGAUUCUGGAAAUAGUAGACAAGCAGCACGGUCCGAAGCCAAUGCAGUACAUGGACCAGAUUUGCGAUUUCCUCUACCACAUAAAAUAUAUACAUGUGGGUAACAUAAUCAAAAACGAAUCUGAGGCUAUUAUAAAGCGACUUCGACCCUUGCUGCAAAUGCGCCUGAGAUUCAUAACCCAUCUUAACUUGGAGGAUAUACACUCAGAAAAGAUUGCCGAUAAUGCCAACAACAACGCAAUAACAGGUCAAACUCAAUCCCCCAUGCAAGUGCAACAUCAACAGCAGCCGCAGCAGCAACAGCAACAACAGCAGCAACAGCAGCAGCAGCAGCAACAACAGCAACAACAACAGCAUCAACAACAGCAGCAAAUGCAAUUGCAGCAACAACAACAACAACAACAGCAGCAGGUGAACGCUGGACAAACAACUAGCGUUCCACUGGGAAGCGGUGGAAACAUGCAACAACAGCAGCAACUCAAUCAUCAGCAACAAAUGUAUAUGCAACACAUGCAGCAACAACAUCAGCAGCAGAUGCAGAACAUGCGGCACAAUUAGACCUAGACUGACUUUUGAUUAAGUCCAAACAGACAUAGAAACUUAAGCCAGCUAAAGUUAGUAUUAUUUUAUAUUGUAUCCCUUUUUGUAAGUCCAGUUUCUAUAUGUUGUACUGCGUUCUCAGAUAUGCUAAGCAAAUAACUAAGAAA